UUUUCUUCGGGGGAAUACCUGGUAAUACCCAAAGGACUUGGCCUAUAGCGCAUCUACCAGAAAUAGAAUAUCAACAUUUCCGUGCAGAUGCUCGUGGGGUGACAAGUUCUCAAAUUAGGUAUGAUGACAGUAUGACGUUGUCCUCCUCUCUGCCCUGAUAAUGUACGAGGUGAUGCAGGGAGACACUACCACCCUGUCCUGGAAGCUACCCAGCCCCGGCCACAACGACGGCCCACAACAGAGCCCCUUCAGCGGGGAUGGAGGACCUACUAAGAUCCUUAAAGUUUGUUUCUGCACCAACAACACCCUGGGGAAGAACUUCAAGCUGGUCAAGUGUGACAGCUCCUGGCAGAUCAGGGCUAUAGUCCAGUCUAUCCUGACCAGUGGUAGGCUGGGUCCUAGCAUCCAGUAUAAAGGCUGCUAUGGUCUACUGCUGAAGCACCUGAAGUCAGACGAGCUCCACUGGCUCCAUCCAGACCUGACCGUGGGGGAGGUGGAGCAACGCUAUGAGAGUCAUCACGUGGAGGCAGAGUGGAGGUAUGAUCUGAGAGUCCGCUACAUUCCAGUCAACUUCCUGGAAAAGUUUAAACAAGACAGAACCACAUUUCUGUAUUUCUAUCAACAGGUGCGUAGAGACUACAUGCAGUACCAUGCCAGUAAAGUCAGCGAUGGAAUGGCCCUGCAGCUGGGCUGUCUGGAGAUUAGGAGGUUUUAUAAAGACAUGAACGCUAAAGGUCUGGAGAAAAAGUCCAACUUUGAAGUGUUAGAGAAGGACGUGGGGCUGAACCUGUUCUUCCCACAGGAGCUCAUUGACAGCAUGAAGUCUCGUCAUCUUCGUAAGAUGAUCCAGCAGACGUUCCAGCAGUACGCUACUCUGAAGGAGGAUGAGUGUAUGGUUAGCUUCUUCCAGACACUCACCGACUUCAUCACCAUUGGUGAAGAGGUCUACCCUUGUGAACUGGUGCAAGGCUGGAGUCUGUCAGUAGAGCUGGUGAUUGGAGCCAGGGGCAUUCGCCAACGCACCCAUAAAGACUCAGUGCCUGUGUGUCUAGCGAACUUCAAACAGAUCAAGAGCAUCAAGUGUUUAUCUCAGAGUGACAACAAAGCCCUCCUCAAUCUUGACAUAGACGGAGCCAGACAGCCUCUGUCUAUCAACGUGACUAAGUUUGCGAUGGCAGAGAACAUGGUGGACCUUAUUGAUGGUUACUGUCGUUUGGAGCACGCCACUGACGAGUCGUUCAUCGUCAGACCAAACAAAGACGCCAAUCUACGAAGUUCCCUUCCAGAUCUACCAACAAAUCAAAUGGCAAACACAGGUUGCUUCAGAUAUAGCACGGGAUCUGAAAUCUACGCUGAGAUUGAUGAACGACCGCGGUCUGUGGUGAAGUAUGGAAUCGACAGAGAUGAAAUUGUUCUGGGACGGAUACUUGGCGAGGGUUUUUUUGGGGAGGUCUAUGAAGGAAUGUACAAGAAAUCGAAUGGGGAGAGGCUAAGCGUGGCGGUGAAGACGUGUAAAGACUCUUCACCUGACAUCAUGGAGAAGUUCAUGAGUGAAGCAGUGAUCAUGAAGAACUUGAAGCACCCCCACAUCGUCAGUCUGAUCGGUGUCAUAGAGGAAGACCCUGUGUGGAUUGUCAUGGAGUUAUACCAGUAUGGAGAGCUGGGCAACUACCUAGAAGAGAACAAGCACAAGCUGACCAACAUAACGCUGGUCCUCUUCAGCCUGCAGAUCUGUAAAGCUCUGGUCUACCUGGAAGGAAUCAACAUGGUGCACAGGGACAUAGCGGUGAGGAACGUGCUGGUGGCCACAGCAGACUGUGUUAGGCUGGGAGACUUUGGUCUGUCCAGAUACAUCGAGGAAGAAGAAUAUUACAAGGCUUCAGUGAGCCGAUUACCUAUAAAAUGGAUGGCUCCAGAAUCCAUUAACUUCAGACGCUUCACAACGGCUAGUGAUGUCUGGAUGUUUGCGGUGUGUAUGUGGGAGAUCCUGAGCCGAGGGCAGCAGCCUUUCUUCUGGUUGGAGAACCGUGACGUCAUCAUCCAGCUGGAGCAAGGCAUUAGACUACCCAAACCUGACGACUGCCCUCCUGCCCUCUACUCCCUCAUGACACGCUGCUGGUCCUACAACCCCCGCGAGAGACCCUCUUUCACAGAGCUGGUCGUUAAGAUCAGUGACGUCCAUCAGAUGGAGAAGGAGCAGGAGGCAGAGAGAGAGAGGGACAGAAAACGCUCCAACAAGUUCUUUGACACCAAGUUCGACUUCAACGAGCCUCCUCCUAAGCCCUCCAGGAUGAAACCUGGGGGUCGUUUUGGUAACAAUAUUGGCCUGCAUGUUCCGCUGAAUGAGGCCCUGUGUGCCAGCUCUCCAGACCUGGUCAGUCCCUGUGAAUACUACACUGCUGUAGACUCUAGGAGCAACACAGUGGUGGUGCCCAUGAUGCCUCCACGACGAUGCAGUAUGGGGGAGGGUGAGUUCAUUGUGGAGCCGUCCAGUAAGGAGGACGCCCAGCGGUUGUGGCAGAUGGAGAGACAGCGUAUGCAGGAGACGAUGAGACAACAGAAACAACAGAUGAUGGAGGACAACAAGUGGCUGACCAAGGAGGAGAGACUCCUGGAUCCCAUGAGACAGGAGGACGCCACCAGCCCACUGUCACCUGAAGCUGAGACUGAACAUGCCACGCCAGACAAGCCCCCACGUCUCACCGCCCCCACAGCCCAGGCCGCCCCCACAGCAGAGCUGGACCGGUCAGAUGACCAGGUGUACCAUGCGGUCAUGGAGCUGGUCAAGGUGGUGGUACAGUUCAAGAACGAUGUCAGCACACUACAGCCUGAACAAUACAUCAACAUAGUGAAGUCUGUAGGGCUGACCUUGCGGAGUCUGAUCCACAGUGUGGAUGAUAUUCUACCUACCCUGCAUGGAUCCAUCAGGACGGAGAUCGAGGGCACGCAGAAGCUGUUGAACAACGACAUGUCAGAGUUGAUCAGUAAGAUGCGUCUGGCCCAGCAGAACGCCGUCACCUCUCUGAAGGAAGAGUGUAAGAAACAGAUGCUGACCGCAGCACACAACCUGGCCAUGGAUGGGAAGAACCUCCUGGAUGCUGUGGACCAGGCCAGGGUCAGGGCCAACCUGGCCAAGCCCAAACCGGAGACCCCAUAGUGGGGUAAAUACCCACAGGACACCCCCUCUGGAUGGAUGGAUAAUUUCCAAGUGUGUUUUUUUUUUUUCUUCUUCAUUGGAGGACAGGUCAGAACCAAACAUGUUGCGACUGAUUGGAUGGACAUCAGUGACUUGCAGGUACAAUUGUCGAGAUAAGUGCCAUCAAUAUGACUGGCAUCAAUAUGACUGGCAUCAGUGUGACUAAAAAUGUAAUGUCAGGAUUGAAAUGGACAGAAAAGAGGACUUCCUCGUGUGAUAUCUGUUUAUAAUCUCAGUGCUUUAAAUUAAAGACGUGCUCUGGAA